AAAUUGUCGAGCAUUGUUUACGUUUAAAACAAAUAUGAUAUACAUACGCAUGUUACGUUUCUUGACGAAGACAUAACGAUACCCAUGAUUUUAGAAAUUGUUUGCAGUUUUAUUCGUACCAGGAACAAGUGCAAACGUUGAAAUCCAUUGGCAAAAUGACCGAGGAGGUGUCCACUGUUGGUUUCCAGAUUAUCGCCUUGGCGAAAGAAAAGACAGGCGGCAUCAGCAAUGAUGAUUUGGUAUCGGCUAUGCCUGAGGUGAAACCUGAGCUGCGGGUGCAGGCACUCAACAAACUGCUCCAGGAGGGAAUGCUGGAUAUUAUGAAAAAGGGUCAAGCCCUUAUCUACCGUUUGAAAGACCCCACAAAGAAAUCAACCGCACCGAAAGACAUUGACAACGAGGAGAAAAUUAUUUAUACCAUUAUCGAGGAGGGUGGCAAUAAAGGAAUCUGGAUCAGGGAUAUUCGAGUUAAGUCGAACCUUAUAAUGACCCAGCUGAACAAGGUGUUGAAACAGUUGGAGAACAAAAAACUUAUCAAAGCUGUAAAAUCAGUUAAUGCUAGCAAGAAAAAGGUUUAUAUGCUAUAUAAUAUGGAACCAGAUCGCUCGAUCACUGGGGGUGCUUGGUAUCAGGAUCAAGACUUCGAAGCCGAAUUCGUUGAUGUGUUGAACCAACAAUGCUUGCGAUUUCUCCGAGAGAGGAGAGAAGCGGCUAAAAAGUGUGGUGAUGGGCCACUCGCGGUACAAAAGCUGUCUUACUGUACGGUUGAUGAAGUGCAUAAAUUCAUUUCAGAGUUGGGUAUCAGUAAGAUAAAACUGGAUGAAGAUGACCUGGAGACUAUUCUCAAGACUGUGGUCUACGAUGGCAAGGCAGAAUCAACACCUACCGGGGACGGUAAACAUUUGUAUAGAGCCAUCGAAAACCCGCUACCACCACCGGGUCUAGUACAGAUGCCCUGUGGGAUCUGUCCGGUGAUUAAGAAUUGUUCCGACUGUGGGGAAGUUACACCUAAGCUAUGUUCAUAUAUAAGCGAGUGGUUAGAUUAGUCGAUAUGAUUAUAAGUGAGUGCGGAAGAAAGCUAUUAAAUUUUUGAUAAACGUCUCAAAUUUUAUACUCUGUGCUAAUUUUUCAUUUUUUAGCUGGAUAAUUCAUCAUUAAGAUAAUGUUAAGAAUUCUAAGAUUAUACAUCAAGAACCUCAAAUAUUCCACUUGCUGUGGUUUCACAAAAAUGUGUUUUUACAUAAAAAUAUUUACUUUUAGCAUCAAGGUCAUAUGCUCGGAGAAAAUUUGAAAUUUCUGUUAUGGCUAUGAUUCAUAUCAAUGGAAGUAGAUUGAUUAUUCAAAAAGUUGCACAGGAACAGUGCAAACUGCAUAUUGCGAUUGUAUAUCCCGAUAAGGUGAAUAUGUUCCCAUGUGGGCUUUGUGCUUUUUGUUCUGGAAUGUAGGUCUCGUGAAGAAGUAGACUAUAAUGAACAUUCGUAUGCAGAUUUCUUUAAUCGGUGGUUAGUUCCGCAAAAAAAGUGAUUGAUUAUGUUGAAAUUAAGGACGCAUUCAACCAGAAAGAUCAACCAACCCUCAGUUAUGAUUUCCGAGUACCUAAAUGCUCUGCGGAGAAGUUGAACAUGUUUAAAAGAAAAUUGAUCGGAAACGUCCAUCAAUUAGCUAACUCAUGGAAAAUUCGAACGUUAGCUCGAGCCUUUGUGACUUUAAUCUAGGUCCAAACAUGUUGAUAAUCCUUCCCUGCCAAUUUUCCGACUCAAAUCUAGUCAGGGUGUCGACUCAAAACUCGAAGAAAAUUUCCCUGAUAUUCCCUGAUUUUCCAGUAAAUUUUCAGAAAAAUUCCAGAUGUAGACUAGUAAUCAAAUUCUUUACUAAUGCUUUAGCUAUAGUUCCUAAGAUAUUUAGUUAGCUUAAACAAUGAAAUAUAAGAACGUCUGUCGAUAUAUUCCAAUGGAAAAAAUGUUUGUGAUUUUUAAAUAAGUAAAAGACGACAGAGUAGUGUCGUAAAAUCGUUAAUCUUUCGGGCUUCUGUGCAUUUCCCAAAAUUUUCUUAUUUCUUUCAAUUUUCCUUGUUUUCUAGAUAAAGAGAAUGAGAAUUUUGAACUCGUUGAAUUAAUUAGCUCAACAUUUUUAUUGAUUCUAUCCUUCCAAAGUGAAGCAUACCAUCGUAAACUUGUCGCAUAGCAUAAACGUUUCGGCAGAAAUGUUUUUUUAAAAACAUUCGGUAUAAAUGGAAAAGCUCUCUCAACGUUGGAGUUUCUACACGAGAGACAGAAGACCAUAUUGGUUAAAAAGUUCCGUAAUCCUAUCAUUUCCAAAAAAUGCUCCAGUCGGUUAUUUUCCGGAUCAUAGUGAGCAAACUUGUUGCUUCUCUUCUUCUUCUUCAAUGGCACUAACGUUCCUAGAGGAACUUCGCCGUCUCAACGUAGUAUUACUUGCGUCAUUUUUAUUAGUACUUAGUUGAGAUUUCUAUGCCAAGUAACACGCCUUGAAUGCAUUCUGAGUGGCAAGCUCUAGAAUACGCGUGAUCACAGUGCAAGUCGGAGGAAAUUUCUUUGACGAAAAAUUCCCCCGACCAGACGGGAAUCGAACCCGAACACCCGGCAUGUUAGUUGUGACGCUAACCACUCGGCCAAGGGAGCACAACUUGUUGCUAGUUUUGCUAUCAAUAUUGUUUUAGUACUAAGUCUGCUGCAGCUCCACUGAUACGUUCAAAAUCCUUCAAAGAUUAAAAAAAAGCACUAGAGUCAACAGUCAAAAGUUUCUCGACUCGUUUUCCAGCUAUUUUUUUAAAUCGAAAUCAAUGCCGUCGAGAUCAAGGAUAUAUCAAUGCCUUGAAAGCAUUAAAAGCGAAAGCAGAACUCCGCAUCCCAGACGAAAUUUCAAGAUUUGUCUGUCGUAAAUUUCGGCGAUUUUUUUAUCCAUCAAUCUAUUGAUGAAUCCGGAGCUAUCCAAAUUCAAGAGUUUUUCUUCUCCUUUGUAAAAGUCCAGUUGCAGCUCGCGUAACAUGACCAAUUCACGUUGGUAGGUUUGUUCAAAUAUAUAAUUCCCAGACCUUCUUGAAAAGUUAAUCUCUGAUGCUUGAGAACGCUCCAAGAACAUAGACGUCAUGUAACGAUUUACCACCUCCAUUUAUUCUUCCUCCCAAAAUCUGAUAUUUAGAUGCAACUGCAGCCUCUUUGUAGUCUUGUACAAAGACUCGUCGAAACCAACGACAAAAUAUAUCUUACGAAGUUUCAUCGAGCUCAGAAUUCUCAGCUUUAGAGUUCGUGGCAAAGUCUAAUAUCAUCAUGAAGCUCAUUUUAUCAAGCCCUAGCUAUACCUUCUCAGCAUUUGGUGUUAUCAAAAUUUUCUAAUUACUGCAAUAAUAAAAAUUCUAAAUGACUGAAUUUAUUUUUUUUCCAGAUUGAUGUCGAAAUUCCCUGAUAUUCCCUGAUUUUCCCUGACAUUAUUUUAAUUCCCUGAUAUUCCCUGAUUUUCAAGGAUUUUCAAGGUAGUCGACACCCUGCUAGUGAGAAAUUCGCUCAAUGAGCAUCGUGAAAUAGGUGCUAGUAAAUUAAGUAAUAUGCGUCACACAAAAACUCUUGUUCAUGAAAUAGCUUGCCUAACUGUUUCACAAGGUUCAUGUUAGUUCUGUUAAAAAUUUCGCGCUAGUAGAAAGAAUAUUUAAUCAUCUACAAGAUCGUCGAUUGAUGAAAAAUCCGCUUCUGCUGCAUAGAAACUGCGAAUGUAAACAAACGAUGUGGACAAGGACAAUGUAAUCCGUGAUACAUUCCUAGAUCAAACAACAUAGCCCAACUAUUGAAGAUCAAAAAUUAUGAUGAUUUUAUGAUAAACCUAUUUUGGUGGAGAUAAUUCAAGUCUAAAACCAUUGUUAGGUAGAUUAACUUGUCAUGAAUAGAAAACUUGAACUAAUAGUAACCAGUGCCGAAAAUAUUCACGUUCACGACAUUCAAAUACGGCGAAUUUCAACUUACCUUGUAUUGAUGAUCUACUGUUCAAGCGAGAGUCGAUAAAUAUGAAACAACACUAUUGAUGAACACGAGUGGGAUGAAUAUCCCCAUCAACAUGCCAUGAAGUUCAUUUUUCAUUUGCAUCUUUAUUUCCGUCAUGAUAUUCGAAACGUCGAACUUGAAGAUCACUGCGUGUUAGUGAGAAUCAAAGCGUAAAAUUCAACGUCAACCAAUUGAGUGUUAAAUCGUUUAAUGGUAAGAGAAGGCAUAAAAUUUUUGUUUUUGGUGACUUCGGCAUUGCAAUGUUUAGUAUAACUCUUUGACUAUGUUUUAUGAAUCUACUUCCGAUCGUUCGGAAACGACAUACACCCCCAAUCAAAUGGUCAAUGGGUGAAAAUAAUAGCCGAAAGGAAAAUGAACCUAAUCUUGUUUUGAUUUCCGGUUUAAUGAUAUUCAACCGCUUACCGCCGCACAACGGUCAACGUUCAAUGAAACCCAUAAUGUUGGCUUUUCCGGAUACCUGUUCCUUUAAUUUUUUCUGAAUAUGUUAAUAAAACACGUUCUCAAUAAAUUCACUGCAUGCGAUGAAGAUCAAUUUGGCUUUCGUGAUAAUCUUCUGAAAUUAUCGACAGUAAGGAAAGUGCCUGAAUGCAGGCUUUUAGAAAUUCAUUCGUGCUGUUUUCGUUUAAUAUACUGCGCAAAGUUCACGCGUCUCGACUCUUGUGUUAUACUCAUUAGGACAGAUAUAAUGUUGAAUAUCAACAGAAAAGAAUUCAUCCGACACUGGGAAAAAGUUAAUUCCUCCAUUCGUGAAUAAAUUUUGAUAAUUUG